GAGUUUCAUCUCCUUCUUGAUUUUAAGAAGUGUCCUCCAUGAGAACUGACUUCAGCGUGUCCAUAAAGGAAAGCAGAGUGGUCCCCACGCUGGAAAUGAGGGAGGAUGACAGUUUCUGAGACUGACUGUUAAACGGCUCCGAGGUGUCCCCCAUUCAAAAUGCCUUUCAAAGCAUUGGAUACCUUCAAAGAAAAAAUUCUGAAGCCUGGAAAGGAAGGAGUGAAGAAUGCCGUGGGAGAUUCAUUGGGGAUGUUACAAAGAAAAAUCGAUGGGACCAACGAGGAAGCAAAUGACAUUGAGCUGGAUGAGGAAGGCAGGCCAGUGCAGACGUCCAGGCAGAGCCCCCCGCUCUGCGACUGCCAGUGCUGUGGCGUCCCCAAGCGGUACAUCAUUGCCAUCAUGAGCGGGCUGGGAUUCUGCAUUUCCUUCGGGAUUAGGUGCAACCUCGGAGUUGCCAUCGUGGAAAUGGUCAACAACAGCACCAUCUACGUUGAUGGAAAACCGGAAAUUCAGAUAGCACAGUUUAACUGGGAUCCAGAGACGGUGGGCUUUAUCCAUGGCUCUUUUUUCUGGGGUUAUAUUGUGACCCAAAUUCCAGGUGGUUUCAUUUCAAACAAGUUUGCUGCUAACAGGGUCUUUGGAGCCGCCAUCUUCCUAACGUCCACCUUGAACAUGUUCAUUCCUUCUGCAGCCAGAGUGCAUUAUGGCUGCGUCAUGUGUGUCAGGAUUUUGCAAGGUCUAGUGGAGGGUGUGACCUACCCAGCCUGCCACGGGAUGUGGAGUAAGUGGGCGCCACCUUUGGAGAGAAGCCGACUGGCCACGACUUCUUUUUGUGGUUCCUAUGCGGGGGCAGUGAUCGCCAUGCCCCUGGCGGGGGUGUUGGUACAGUACAUUGGCUGGGCCUCCGUCUUUUAUAUUUAUGGUAUGUUUGGCAUUAUUUGGUACAUGUUUUGGCUGUUGCAGGCCUAUGAGUGCCCGGCAGCUCACCCAACAAUAUCCCAGGAGGAGAGAACCUACAUAGAGACAAGUAUUGGAGAAGGAGCCAACGUGGUUAGCCUAAGUAAAUUUAAUACACCAUGGAAAAAAUUUUUCACAUCAUUGCCAGUGUAUGCAAUCAUUGUGGCAAAUUUUUGCAGAAGCUGGACCUUUUAUUUGCUGUUAAUAAGUCAGCCUGCUUAUUUUGAAGAGGUCUUUGGAUUUGCAAUAAGCAAGGUGGGGCUCUUGUCGGCACUCCCACACAUGGUUAUGACCAUCAUUGUGCCUGUUGGAGGACAACUGGCAGAUUAUUUAAGAAGCAGACAAAUUUUGACCACAACUGCUGUCAGAAAAAUCAUGAACUGCGGAGGUUUUGGCAUGGAGGCAACCUUACUCCUGGUGGUUGGCUUUUCCCAUACCAAAGGGGUGGCUAUCUCCUUUCUGGUGCUGGCUGUGGGGUUUAGUGGCUUUGCUAUUUCAGGUUUUAAUGUCAACCACCUGGACAUUGCCCCCCGUUAUGCCAGCAUUCUCAUGGGCAUCUCCAACGGAGUGGGAACCCUCUCUGGAAUGGUCUGUCCCCUCAUUGUUGGUGCAAUGACCAAGCACAAGACCCGUGAGGAAUGGCAGAAUGUGUUCCUCAUCGCUGCCCUGGUGCACUACAGUGGCGUGAUCUUCUAUGGGGUCUUUGCUUCGGGGGAGAAACAGGAGUGGGCCGACCCUGAGAACCUCUCCGAGGAGAAGUGUGGAAUCAUCGACCAAGACGAAUUAGCCGAGGAGAUAGAACUCAACCAUGAGAGUCUUGCAAGUCCCAGAAAGAAGAUGUCAUAUGGAGCCACCACCCAGAAUUGUGAAAUCCAGAGGAAGGAAUGGAGAGGGCAGGGGGGAGUGACCCUUGAUGAGGGAGAGCUGACAUCGUACCAGAAUGAAGAGGGAAGCUUCUCAGAUACAGCCUAAUGUCUGAGGGGCACUUCUGUCCUCCCCUCACCUUAGAACCAGAAAGUAUCCAUAUCUAUUGCCAUCCCCGUAGCCCAGCUUGCCAGGGGGUUAAAUAUGGGGACCCUGGAGGUGGGGGAGGGGGAGAGAAGAUUUAAUCAGCAAUAGAGAAAAGAGAUAUUAUCUUGCAAUGACAUUCAUGGGUAUGGAAUUUGUGCUAAGUUGACAAAAUAGGUAUAUUUAUAUAUAUAGUUUGUUUUUUUUUUAAAAGAAAAUGGGCCCUUGCUGGUUUGGCUCAGUGGAUAGAGCAUCAACCUGAGGACUGAAGGGUCCUGGGUUUGAUUCCGGUCAAGGCACAUGCCCAGGCUGCAGGCUUGGUCCCCAAUAGGGGGCACGCAGGAGGCAGCUGAUCAAUGAUUCUCUCAGCAUUGAUGUUUCUCUCUCUCUCCCUCUUCCUUUCUCUCUGAAAUAAUAAAUUUAAAAAAGAAAAUGGGAGGAAACGGGGAUAUUUGGCCUGGAGGAGAGAAAACAGUAGCUGCCACUGCAUUUCUGAGAGCAGCCAUGCAGAGGAGGUUUCCUAACCCUAAGCAAGGCUGUGCUCAGGGAGGCCCUGUGUUGUGCCGGGUGCUUUAGAACAUCCUCAUUGAAUCUGCACACCCACAAUGACAUACAGUUCUUAUCCCCAUUUUACAACUAAGGAAGCUGGAGAUUGACUGGCCCAAAGCCAUUCUGCCAGGGCCAGUGCUGAGGUUGGUGGGGUCCAAAAUAGGUAUUAGUUUUGGGGAAGAAGGUUUCACCUUAGGGUAGGAAAGACAGUUUUAAUAAUGAAAACAAUGCAGUGGGCUGUCUUGUGCAUAACUUCGUCUUUUGGCUGGUGCAGGGGAUGGGAAGCAUUUGGGUUAAUGUGGCAGAGCAUUCACAUGUUGGAUGAGGGGCUGUGACCUAAAAAGUCAAAUGAUUCUGUGAAUUCAUAGUUUUAUAAAAAAAUAAUAAGGGUCACAGACUAUGGGAGAGAUUAAAAUGGUUUUAAAAAAGAAAAGGCUAUGUAAGAUAGUAAAUUUCCAGGAAUCUCUAAUCAAAAAUGGCAAAGAAGAGGUAAACAAAAGCUUGGCUAUUAAAUUUCAACCCUUCAUAAUAUCAAGAAUGUUGUUAAGUAAUGUCCCAAAUUACUUAUAAAUCAUUAAGACAUUCAGUAAUUUAAAAAAUCAGAUCAUGCAUUUCAUUAGGUGAAAUUUUCUUGAAAAAAAUGUCUGUUUAAAAAAAUGUAUGUCUUUAGCCAUUUCUGCUGGUGAUAUUAGAAAGUUUGACUAAGUUAUACAAAAUUAUGAUUGAGGUAUUCUUAAUGACUAUUUGGAAUGAUAUUCAGGGGAAAUGAUAAUAUGGUAGUAGUUAUACAGGGAAAUACUAGAAUGAAAACAUCUGGGACAAUAAGACCUAGUGUUGAAAAUUUUAUAUUUGAUUUGCAUAAGGCAAUAACAUGGAUACUCUUCAGAUAUAUUUUAAAAUUUAAUGUAUUUUAAAUUUUAAUGUUGGCAUGUAAAGAAUUGUUUGAAAAUACAAUUAUUUUCCUGUUCAUUGUUUUUGAAAAUUUUAUUUAUACUUUCAGAAGAAAAAUAUAAUAUUGUGGAAAAUACAUUUGCAUGUAGUUUAUUAUUGUAAAUAUAUAUAUUUAUUUCUGGUCCCCAAUUGUACCAGCAGAGUUGAGUUAAAAAAAAAGAAUUGCCUAAUCUCCAUUAAAUAAUAUUCUUUAUAUCAUUAGUAUAUAACUUAUAUUAUCAUCUGUCUUUAAAUAUCUUUAAUGAGUGAACUCAUGUAAGUCCCUUAGAAUAGCUUCUGGCAUGUAGAAAGUGCUAAAUAAACAUUAGCCAUUAUCAUUGUCAUCUUUUAACCUUUUGGGAACUUUCAGUUGAAAAGAAAGCAUGCUAUGUUAUUUUCAUCCAUUAGCCACAGAAUUUAUUGUGAAAGUCGUGCUGUUUUCUAAGUAAAAAGAAAAAGAGAGAA